AUGUCGGCGGCCGCGCAAGAGAGCCCGGUCCCCCGUCGACAGGGGUUCCGCAACCCGAUCCACAAUCCUUUCCCCGCUUCGUUGUCCAGUGAAUGUAAAAAAGCAGGGCAGAUUAUUGAUUCCUUCGUCAAUCCAAAUUAUGUCGGGGUUGACAAUCGGAUUUCCCGCAGCAUUCUCGCGCCAGCCAAGGGAUUGGUGAUUUGCACUGUUUUCAAAGUCGGCUUUCUUGGGUCUGUUCGCUUCGGCUCUGGGCUCAUUGUAUGCCGUCUUCCCGAUGGCAGUUGGUCGGCUCCGUCCGCAGUCUCUCUUGCCGGCUUAGGUGCUGGCGGUCAGUUCGGGAUGGAGUUGACUGAUUUUGUCUUUGUUCUGAACACAGAUGCAGCAGUCCGGACGUUUAUUGAUUCCGGGACCUUGACUUUGGGGACGAAUAUCUCCAUCGCUUUCGGGUCUGGGCGGAGCGCCGAGACUGCCGCUAUGAUCGGGACCAAAGGAAUAGCCGGCAUAUUCGCCUACUCCAAAGCUCGUGGAGUGUAUGGCGGUCUCACUCUUGAGGGUAGCAUCAUUGCGGAACGUUCUCAUGCAAACAAGAAGAUAUACGAGCGGAAACUCAAGGCCAAGCAGUUGCUUACUGGAGAAAUUCCCCCGCCGCCAGAAGCUGAACCGCUGAUGCAAAUCCUCAACUCAGAGCGCUUUCGCCCAGAGACAACAAGUGAAACUCCUAGAGAGGCCGAAUUGGUCUCACCGAGUCUUGAUCCUUCACCUCAGCCGGCCUUGCGGCCCUCUGAGCAACCAUCUGAGCAACCAUCUGAGCAACCAUCUGAGCAACCAUCUGAGCAACCUGCCGUGGCGGAGCUAGGUACUUCACAUCCAUCUCAAGAGCUACCUGCCACCGAUGCACAGGAUACGUUACAAGAGACGCCGGAGCCUGAAACAGGGUCGCAUCUUGUGGCAGAGUCAGAGACGCAGCCUCAAUCUCAAGAUUUGACCGUCAUCCCUGCGAGUCAAUCAUCCCAAGAACCGACAAUGAGCAUAUCCCACGCCUCUGAAACUACUACAGAGCACCAUACGCUAUGUAAAGAGGGUCAAGCGAAUGAAACUCAAAAGAAAGUUCUCAGUGAUAAGAACGAUGCACUUCAAGAAUCAUCAUCUACCACCAAUGUCGAUCAAAUGAUUCAAAACCCAUGCGAACCUGCUCCCCAAAGCAAUGCUUCUGAGGUGACUGGGCAAGCCCAACCCGAGAAGAUUCUUGGAGACGUGAAUGACGGAUCUGGACAGACAGAAGGACCAAAAACUCGAGCUUAG